AUGGACAUUGGCAAGAGUACUGAAGCUAGUAUUACGUUUAAUCAUUCGAAUGGGUUCUAUUAUGCUGGUGAACAAGUAUCUGGUGUUAUUUCAUUUCAUAAUAAUCACAAGAAAAUCGCAUUAAAUAAAGCUGCUGUUGGAUUUAUUGGCGAAUUCGGCUAUGUAACACAAGAAACAUGUGCAAUUCCUGAUUGCAUGGGUACUGUGCUAGCAGAAAAUUGCACAGUUUACCAUCGAUUACAGUUUAUUGAUAUUCAUCUUCCUUUAAAACACUCAAAAGGUAAUGAAACCAAAGUCAUUCUUCAUCAAGGUCAACUUUCUUGGCCAUUUGAAUUCAUUCUACCUCAAUAUUUACCACCAUCAUCAUCAGGCCCAUUAACAGGUUCAUAUCCUUAUGUAAAAUACUAUAUACACCUUGUUCUUGAUGAAACACGGAACAGAUUAAGCAAACAACAUAUUUUUCCAUUGACAAUUUUUCCGCACGUAAAUAUUUUUAAUAUCAAUGAAGAGAAAAAAUCAAUUUCUGUGUCUCGGCGCAAUCAAAAACAUUUUCAAUUGACGGCUAAUCUACAACAGCGAGCUGUUUUACCAGGUCAAUCAAUUUCUCUUGAUGUUAACCUUGAAAAUCCUAAACGAUUAGCAGUCAAAAGAAUUGAAGCAACAUUAAUUCAACAUCGAGAAAUAGCUAAAAAUGCCCAUUGUGAAAUUAUUUUUCAAAUGGAUUUACCGAUUCGACAAGAUCUUAAUGAAACAGAAUUUCAUCAAACCUUUUGUUUACGUGUGCCUCAUGGCCAUCUCUUACCUACACAUCAUUCUAUGGCACCAUGUUCUACUCUAUCGAUAUCAACUAAAAUCCAUUAUGAACUCAAAUUAGUAGCUAAAAUACGUGGAAUACUUGAUGACAUCAUUCUAAGCAUUCCAAUUAUUAUCGGAACGAAAUCGUCAUCAGAGUUGAAUCAACUGGAAGAAAAUAGUUACAUCGAAUUACCAAUAAAUUAUCUAGCACCUAUGAAACAAACCGAUAUACCACCUACAACGUAUUGGUCAAACAUGUGUAAAAGUAUCGCAUGUGCAGAAAAUUUAUUUAUUGCUGUUAUGAAUCUUCUUGUUGAAGUAUUAGAAACAACAGAAGUAACACGAGGUUUAUAUGAAAAAGAAUUGAUUGAUAAAACUAUUGAAUUCAAUGUCCCACAUGUUAUCCAUGCUGAUAUGAAACGUGAUGAAGAAGUCCACCGUCAACAUUCUGAAGGAAUUCAUUAA